AUGCUCUUCUCCUCGGAGAACUCCGGCAACAUCACGGCCAGAAACUGCACCGCGGAGUUCAACUUAACGCAGCAGCUGGAGACCGGUGCCGCCGCGGCUGCUGGGAACAUCAGCGGGAAGAGAAACGACACAGACCCGUUUGGACGGAACGAGGAGGUGGCCAAGAUCGAGAUCACCGUCCUGAGCCUCGCGUUUCUCGCCGCGGUGGUGGGGAACGUGAGCGUGCUGCUGGCCGUGCACAAAACCCGGCGGAAACUGUCGCGCAUGCACCUGUUCAUGAAGCACCUGAGCCUGGCGGAUCUGGUGGUCGCGUUCUUCCAGGUUCUGCCGCAGCUCUGCUGGGAGAUCACCUACCGCUUCUACGGGCCGGACUUUCUGUGCCGCAUUGUGAAGCACCUGCAGGUGCUGGGCAUGUUCGCUUCCCCCUACAUGAUGGUGAUGAUGACCCUUGACCGCUACAUCGCCAUCUGCCACCCGCUGCAGACGCUCCAGCAGCCAACGCAGCGCGCGCACAUUAUGAUCGGCUCCACCUGGGCGUGCAGCCUGGUCCUCAGCAUCCCGCAAUACUUCAUCUUCUCCUUAAGCGAGGUGCACCCCGGCUCGGCCGUCUACGACUGCUGGGCACACUUCAUGGAGCCGUGGGGGUUGCGCGCUUACAUCACCUGGAUCACGGCCGGGAUCUUCCUCGUGCCUGUGAUCGUGCUGGUCUUCUGCUAUGGAUUAAUCUGCCGCACUAUCUGGAAGAACCUCAAAUGUAAGACUCAGAGGAAGAGCACUGGCGCGGUGGCAGAGGCCAAAGAUAGUGGGGUCCUGGGCAGGAACUCGGUCAGCAGCGUCAGCACCAUCUCCCGCGCCAAAUUACGCACGGUGAAGAUGACUUUUGUGAUCGUGCUGGCGUAUGUGGUGUGCUGGGCGCCUUUCUUCACAGUGCAGAUGUGGUCAGUGUGGGACCAGACCUUCUCCUGGGACGACUCUGAGAACGCCGCCGUGACGCUCUCCGCCCUGCUGGCCAGCCUCAACAGCUGCUGCAACCCCUGGAUCUACAUGAUCUUCAGCGGCAACCUCCUCUCUGACUUCGCCAGCAGCCUGCCGUGUUGCCGCCAACUGAAGAACAGGUUCAGCCACCAGGAUUCGGACAGCAGCAUGCGCCGAACCACCCUGCUGUCCCGCCUGCAGGGUCCACGCCUUUCAGAGCCAUUCAGAGACCUUAACCCCACCACCAAAAACUGUCCGCAAUGCCCAUCUGCAUCCUGA